GGACAUUCCCAAAGGAUGUCUAAACACCAAGACAGCGUGACACAUGAUGACCGGACUCGGUCUAUUCUUGACUCUGAGGCACUUCAGCCCCAGCUCACACACUCGAGGCUGAUCAUGGAAGAAGACAGUCCAGAGAGAAGCAUCAAUGGACUCCAGGACACAGAGAUUCCCAAACGCAGCGACGUCAAAGUCUACAAGGAGUUCUGUGAUUUCUACGUGCGCUCUAACAUGACGAAUGCACUAGCCAAUGCCAUCUGUGAGCGCUGUAAGGCCAGCUUCAAACCGACGGAGAAGAUCGUGAACAGUAAUGGUGAGCUGUACCAUGAGCAGUGCUUCGUCUGUGCGCAGUGCUUCAAGCAGUUCCUCGAGGGGCUCUUCUAUGAGUUUGAGGACAGAAAAUACUGUGAGCAUGACUUCCAGAUGCUGUUUGCUCCGUGCUGUCAGCAGUGUGGCGAGUUCAUCAUCGGCCGUGUGAUAAAGGCCAUGAACAGCAGCUGGCACCCUGACUGUUUCUGCUGCGAUCUGUGCCAGGCUGUGCUUGCUGACGUCGGCUUCGUGAAGAACGCAGGCAGACACCUGUGCCGUCCGUGUCAUGAGCGUGAGAAGGCUCACAGUCUGGGGAAGUACAUCUGCCAGAAAUGUCAAGCUAUUGUUGAUGACAUCCCGCUGAUUUUCAAGAAUGACCCGUACCAUCCUGACCACUUCAACUGCAGUAACUGCGGUAAGGAGCUGACGUGUGAAGCCCGGGAGCUGAGGGGUGAGCUGUACUGUCUGCCCUGUCAUGAUAAGCUGGGCGUACCGAUCUGUGGCGCCUGCAGGAGACCCAUCGAGGGCCGCGUGGUCAAUGCCAUGGGCAAACAGUGGCACGUGGAGCAUUUCGUGUGUGUUAAAUGCGAGAAACCAUUUCUUGGUCAUCGGCAUUAUGAGCGCAAGGGCCUGGCAUACUGUGAGACCCACUAUAACCAGCUCUUUGGAGAAGUCUGCUUCCACUGCAACCGCGCCAUUGAGGGAGAUGUGGUGUCUGCGCUGAACAAGGCCUGGUGUGUCAAAUGCUUCGGCUGCUCCACGUGCAACUCCAAGCUGACCCUCAAGGAUAGGUUUGUGGAGCUGGAUCUGAAGCCCGUGUGUAAGCACUGCUACGAGCGCGUGCCAGACGAGCUCAAGAGACGCCUGUCCAAACAAGACUCCAAAGACAUGAGGAAGAAGAAAAUGCCCAUCUGUCUGUGACGUGUCUCUCAGAGGUCAGCUCUGUCCCUCGUGUCACUCCUCCGUCCAGCUUCUCAACACAAAGACACAAACAAAACACAUCUCUGUUCUUCCACUGAAAGCUGAUGUAGCCUCCGAGUCGUAAAUGUUCAUAUACAGGCUGUAAAAUGUAAAACAAAUGUAAGCCAUUUCAUCUGUCUUUGAAAGAGACACAAUCACAGAAUUCAUUUAGUUCUGAAAGUUAACCGAAGUUCUUUUCCAAAUGAUGACAUGACGAUCAUUUUCAGCGCACUAACCCUCUCCAUCCCACCUUUCUUAUCUUUAUACAUUCACUGGGCACUUGUUUU